ACUCCCUCGCCGAAUAAAAAAAAAAGCGGGCGGAGGCCGGGGCCGAAUUUUUGGAGCCCACAAGUUUCAGCAGUAUUAUCUUCACAUUGUAUUUAUAAUGCCCUUUCUCAUACUUCUUGAUAUAUGGUGCUGGAGUCAAAAUCUUUCUGUGCAUGUUAUGACCUAUUUAGAAGUUUUGAAUUAUGACAUUAAUAUUUCCUAAAAAUGCUUCAAAGCACAGGCAAUCUUAUCCUUCAUGAUUUGUUUUAUGUAGAAAACAGAAGCAAACCUAAUUCAUCUUUUGAAUGGCAUAGUUUGAAGAAAAAUGCCUUCUUUCUUGGGCUUUGUAGUACUUGAGUUUACAACUCUUGAUUAUUAUGUUUUAUGUCAUGCCUUGUCAGGAACAUGGAUAACUAUUUUUCGCUGGGUUUACAGCAUGAAGUAAAUUAUUAGUGGUUGUGCACAGCAUGCUAUGCAUUAUGCCCUUUUCAUCUUUUUAGAAUUGAUUUUACAAAACUUACAGGAGCUGUCCCGUUGAUCUAAAGGAACCAAUAUCUAGUGUGAUAUUUGCCACAUCUUCACAGGAGCAUCUCAUUGUGACAAACUCUUUCCCAUACUCCAAGGUGUGCAGAUAUACCAGAACUUAUGGAUGCACGUAAGCAGUUUGUGGCAAAGUAUGGGAAAGAGUUUGUCACAUCAGCACUUGAACUUCGACCAGAUUGUGGUGUAUCUUUCCAAUGAUAAGAUUGCUUUAAGUAUUGAGAAAUUAUCAGCAAAAACACCUGACAAAGAGACGAAAAUGAAGAUACUAACUGCAAUUGCUAAAGAGCAUGAUGUCAAAUGGGAUUCAAAGGCAUUUGACGAGGAACUUCAGAAACCUAAGGAGGACCUCUUAAAUGGUUCUAGCAGUUUUGGCGGUGCCACCAAGAUGUCAAUGGAGCCCUUAAAUAUCAAUUUUCCUCCAAAAGUCAACCAGGUUGAAUCAGCCUCAAAACUUUAUCAAACUGAAAUACCAAGCAAACCGACUAGUUUUGACUCUUCUCAUGCUAACUUGAGAUCAACCCCUCUUGUACCACCACCUGCUUUAAAUGAUUCCAGGGAAUCAGGCGAAGCAGAAACUACUUCCCUAUUGGUUACUACAAAGUAAUGGGUAUUACUAGUUCAUUUGAGGUUUGAUGGUUUUACUAUUGUUGUUAACAGAAGGGAAAGCUGGGGUGCCGGAAGUAAGGGAUUCAUAUCGAAGUGAGGGCACCACUUCUUUCAAACAUCCAAUUUUGAAAAUGGAAUUUGAUGAUGCAUCCUCCAUUGCUCAGGUGGCUGCAGAAUCUGCAGAGAGGGAACAUUUCCAGACCUGCUGGUGAACUUGCAAGUAGAGGGAACAUUUCUAGACAGAACUCUAUUGAGUCAAAUGUAACAGCUUUGCUUAGUUGCAGAGAUGAAAGGCUAAAUAUUUAUGUAACAACUUUUCAUUUUGGAGAAGAAAAUAGAUUGGUGCUUUUUACGAAAUCGAUAAAUUUGGUAAA